UGGUUGUCAUAGCAAUUGUUGCUCUGACCAUUUUCGUCCUGAGAAGAAAGCAAGCUGCCUGCUUCAGCAAAGAUGACGAGAGUCUGACUACACAUACCCCGGGUGAAGGAAUCCAUCUUGAUAAAAUUGAACAUACGAAAAAGAAUCAUUUUAGACAAGGCCCCGUUAAGCUGACUGAUUUUCCAGAUGCUGUGGAAAGAUUCCACAGAGACUCCGAUUUGCUUUUUGCUGACGCAUAUAAGAUGUUGAAAGAGAAGAGUCCGAACCAUCUAAUGACAGCAGCAGAACAACAGUGUUGUCGACCGAAAAACAGAUACACAAAUAUUCUACCAUUUGAUCACUCUCGAGUUAAACUAAGACCGUCUGAUGAUAUUGAAGGAUCGGACUACAUCAAUGCCAACUAUAUUCCUGGCUAUACAUCCCGCAGAGAAUACAUUGCUACCCAGGGCCCUAUGCAAGCUACUUUUGACGACUUCUGGAGAAUGGUGUGGGAGCAAAACGUUGAUACUAUCGUGAUGUUGACAAAGCUAAUGGAAAAAGGAAGGCAUAAGUGUGAUAAGUAUUGGCCGGAUCUUGGGGAACCUGUAUUCUACGGAGAUUUGGUUGUUUCACUUCAAUCAGAAUCCAAUCUCUCUGACUAUACAAUUAUGAUAUUUGAAAUAAAAAUGAAAGAGGAACGGAAAAUGGUUCGUCACUUUAGUUAUUUAAAAUGGCCAGAUAUGGGUUGUCCUGAAACGCCGGAAUUAUUGUUAGAGUUCGUGAAAGCUGUUAAACAGUAUGGCAAUCAGGUAAAAAAUAAGCCCUCGACUGGACCAACGAUUGUCCAUUGCAGUGCUGGUGUAGGUCGUACUGGGACAUUUAUUGCAGUGGAUUACUUGUUACAACAUAUCAGAGAUCACGACGAGGUGGAUAUAUUUAAUCUUGUCCUUGACAUGAGAAAUCAUAGGUUGAACAUGGUACAGACAGAGGACCAAUAUAUUUACAUCCACGAGUGCCUUAAAGCGUUCAUUACAACUGACGAGGAAGAAGAAGAAGACGAAGAAGAAGCUGUUUACGUAAAUACAGGAUUUGGAGCCGAUGAAGAAAACAUAUACGUUAAUGCGUAAAUUGCGAAAGAUUGACUGGAAUAGCUAUUGAACAAAAUGGAGAAUAAGUAUUUUGAACAAAGACGAUUUAUGAUAUAUACAUAUAUGUACAUGGAUGUUAGAAAAUUUAUAAAUGAAAAUUAUAUCGAGAUAUUUCUCAAUGCAUGUAAUGCAAUUGAUUGUGUUAUUUUUAUAUAUAUUUAGUUUAUGUUUCGUGUAGAAAAUCACCUGGACUGUCCGAAAAAUAUUUAAGGCUCGCUUACUUCUAAUUUUAAGAAUUACUGAAAGGUUUUGUAUGCCUAAAUUUAAUCUUAUAAACCUUUCACAAUGACUAUUUGAAAAAGAAUUGGAUGCAUAUUUAUGUUACUUAACACAAUAAUGUAAACUGCUUGUGAUAUGUGAUUUUUAAUAUGUAUAUAAUAUUUAUAUGAACAUGCUUUCUCUAUAGUUAACAUUUAAAAAUUGAAAUUUUCAUUAAUUUAUAGGACCAAAGAGAUUUAUUUUCUGUGAUAGACACACACGUAAUAUCAAAUAUUUAUCUUAGAUUGUUUUCGUGUAUUUAGAAAAAGGCUAUAUUUUGCGAUAUUGUAGGAAUCCGCAUCAUAAAUUGUAAAAAAUGGGAAUAAAUGGCAAAUAUGAAUUGUUCAUGUGGCUCUUUAUUUACAUUAAUUGAAUUACUUUAUCAAGUCACAAAUUACAUACAAAAUAUUUAUUUUUAUUAUGAUAUACAGAAUCUCUUUAUGAUAGAUUUAUUAUAUUUAUGAGAAAAAUGACAUUUUCUUUACGUUCAGUAUUAUUGACAUUUCAAUAAUCUUACUGUUCAUUACUUAAAAGGUUAUGAUUCUCGGCAUAUUGAUCAAUCAUAUGAAAAUAGCCAUUUAUUACUUUUGAAAUAAUAAUUGACAUUGACGUGCCUUUUGCCAGGCAGCUUGGAAUCAUGGAAUUAUUUGACUUUAGGGAUGUUAUAAGCCCUUUUACAAUACAGUAGCACAUAUAAAUCAUUAGCUGUAAAAUAUCAUCACUGUAUAAUAUUUUUUACCACAACCACUUGAGUUUCAUUAUUCUAGAAAUACAUAUUAUCCCAUGCUCUGAAAUAUUUAAGAUUUUUUACACAAUAACCGCAAUCUCGGACCAUGGUCCUACUUCACCUAUUUUGCGUAAUUUAUCCUAAGUGCACCAAAUACAUACGACUCCGAGUGUCAGUCAUUACUCACGUUUUACUAGUUUUAGGAAAUAAGUUAGUUCAUAUUCCACAGAAGUGUUUGAAUAUAAACUUUUUUGUGUGUUUUGGUUCUUCCAAUAUAAAACAACUAUUAACAAUUACUAAAUAUCUUGUAAAUUUAAAUUAUUAAUGCUCUUCAAUAAUGAAUAAUUAUCACUAUCAUUAUCUCCUUAUCUCCUACCUCAAAUUUCAUGUGAUCUAUUCAUUUUUAUACCCUAGAUCCAUGUUUCAAAUUUCCAAACUAGUAACCUCGUUGUCAAUGCGCUUUGCUACAUCUGGAAUUAUUCAUGUUAACUCGGGACCUUCCCAGAAACCACAUCACGCCAUCCGCAUUAAAAUUUAAAUAUCUCAUUGCCCAUAAUUAUAAAAUUCAAAGCAUAAACGAGAAAUUCAAAAUUCUGUACUCUGAACUAAAUCAUCUGACAUCAUAGCCCUAUCCGAAAUUUGACUUGAUUUGCUAUCCACUUUUUUCUUUUUCUGUUUAAGCAAUGGUCACGUUCCGACGCAAAGGGAAACUUCACACGUUCGCCCAGUGUGUUAAAACGACCCUCAAGACAUGUGAUAUUUCAAGAGCUUUCGAAUGGAUUAUGCAUAAAUUAACUUCCUGGUAUACAAAUGAUCACUUUUAUGAGGAUUUUAAUUUGUUCUGACCUUUCCAGACUCAACUUUAAAGUCAAUCUUUCACUCUAUCUACAUAUCAUAGACAAAAGAAAGAAGUAAGAAUUGUUUACUGAGACAUAUCUAAAGCAUUACAGAGAGUAUUGCAUUGUUAACUCCGAUUAAGUGACUUUCAUGCCCAAAGUCGCCGAUGAUACAACACAUUACAUAUUUGAUGAUAACCCCUUUCUGCUGUUGAUCUGGCAAAUGCAAAUCACCGUUAAAUUUCCUCUUGAGUCAAUAACAACAUAUCAUCAUAAUUUUAAUUCUGAGUUAUAUUUCGCUGAGAAAAUAAUCUUGGUGCUUCUAAAUUAUCUUCAUAACACCCACACAAAAAUGUUUCUAUCUAUCAAAAUCUUGGACUCACGUUCUGUAACGAGUGUCCGUAUGUUGGGUGUGAAAAUAACGUUUCACAAAAAUCGUUUAAAACGAUAAAUGUUAGGAAAAUCACAUUCCGCACUUGAACCUUGGUCCAUAUAUACUCACUUGUUCUUAUUUUGUCCUUUUCUUUUUUUUUAUGUUACUUACAAGACCUUCGAAACAUUUACUUGUCAUCUAUAUGUCACGCUGGCAUUUUUUGGUUUUAUAUUAAGUAAAACAUUUUUUCUUAAACCCAUUAACAAAACUUUUAAAAAAUACCUUCAAGUAGGUCAAAUUGACCUUGACCCUUAUGUUAAAAUUUAUCGAAUAUGUUAAAAUUAGCCAUAGAGAUGGAAUUACAGGACUGGGUUUAACCUACAGUUUGUAAACAAACGCCGCCAUCUUUGAACGAGAAAUGUGUAUUGUUGUUUAUGGAAAUGACUGAAAUGUAUUUAUCAACCCGUCCACAAUUAUCCGCUUAAUUUUUUGCUACCAGAUCUAUUUGGUAAAACAAGUUAUUGCGAAAUUGCAACUAGAAGGCGGCGAGAUUUUUUAAUGAAAUGUUGUAGAUACGACACAGUUCAUAUUGCUUUAUCCAUGUUUUUUUCCAGUUCGAUUCCAAGCCCUGAUUAUUCAUAUUAGAACAAAACAACACUUAGCACAAAUCGACGUGUUUAGAAAGUCAUGUUUGACGUUGACAUUUAAGGUCAAAUUAUUGAGUUUUGAUAAAUUUCGUCAUUAUUUUUGCCUUGUCUUCAUUUUUUCGGCAUAACAACGUUUUUUAAUAACUUCAAGUAGGUCAAACUAAACAUAACUUGACUAUUACUUAACCAUGAGCUUGAAUGGUAAAAUUUUGCUCUGAUUUUGAGAAAAACUAAGGUUUGAACCUACGUGUGGCUCUUGUUUCAGGACAAACGCUGUUUGUGUGGGUAUUAAUUAAAAUUAUUGAAAGUUUUAGUUUUUUUACAGUUUUCUCAAAAAUGAUAUUGUAUAUUUAUUGUUUCACCAACAACCAGCUAUGCAGUGAUGCUUAGCUAAUUUACAAAUAUUUUCCUCUAUUAUGACAGACAGACCCCAUGUAUUGAACAUUUUUGAUAUAUAUUUAAUAUAUUCUUUUCAAUUGUAGAUUUAUCUGUGCAAAAUCGUAAAUCUACGUUGAUAAUUAAUUGAAAAAAAUAUAUUAAUUGUUUAAACCGAAUGUAAUGUCAUAUGUAAAAUAAAACAAAAGAUUCUUAUAUGUCCCCAAAUGUCCAACAUUUUUAUACCUAAAACCCCGUAUACCAUUAAUGACUAACCUUAAGGUGCAUUUGAACAUUUUUAAAAUGUCACCGUCUUCAUCUGAAAAUAUUAUGUGUUUAACUUAUUAUGUAUAUCUAAUAAAUUGUAAACAGUAAAAGGAAAUCUUUCUUUUGUAAAGGUCGUUGUAUUUUAGAAGCGUUGUACAGUCGCCAUAUUUUUAACGACGACAGCAAUAUUGUGUUUUUACUAUUUAAACAGGUAUAAUCACAAGUCUACAUUGAUUACUAAUUUGAAGUAUAAAUGUUGUUUUUAUCCACAUUCAAUACUACCAAUAUUACAUAUCCUCUUAUGUAAUAGAGAUCAACUGGUGAUAAUGAACAAACAAUUAUUUUUGUCUAAAAAUAUAUGUAGAUAUCUUAUUGGAUUUGACAGACAUAGGAUCUUUAAAAGGAGCGAAAUUUCCGUAAAAAACAAAAACAACAAAACAUUAGCAUUAUUUAUACAUACAACGCAAUUUCUUAUUUUUGUCCAAUUGUUUAUUUUCAAAGCUGCCAUGAAAAUGUUUGAGACUUUACAAUUUCAGGUUUUAAAUGUCAGUCCUGGUUAUAUAAAUCUGAUUAUGUCAUUUAUUGUCAUUGAUAAAUUCAUUGAUCUAUGUAAUGUUCUAUCAUUUCGUCUAUGCCAAUCGUUGCCAGCCUUUGUAAUACAUGUACACCAUUUGUAUUGUUUUCUGUUUAGCUUUUGUAUAUACAAACAAUUCUAAACAGUAUCAAUUAAUCAUUCUAUUUUUAAAUUCAUUGUAUUUUAGAAGCAUUGAAUAGUCGCCAUAUGCGUUAAUUCUAUUAAAAAAUACGAUAUCA